GAAAGAAUAGAGAAGAAGUUUUGCACUUAGCCUUAGGCGGUGGCAGAUAACAGUGUUCAUGGCGUCAGAAUGAAGCUACGGCCACCGCUUCCACCGCUCACGACACCGGAAAACGUUUCUCUGUUUAGGAUGCCUAACUGUGAUGUCGAAGUGGUCUUUCACCAUGGGGGCAAAUUUGUGAAUGAUGGGUCAUUUAAAUAUGAGUUUGGUCAAACAUCUACUUUAAAAAUUGACCCAGAUAGAUGGAGCUACUUUGAAAUUAUGUCCAUUUUGAAGGAGAUGGGCUAUAUUAAUGUUAAAGAGUUGUGGUAUGCAGUGGGUGGUGGUACUGUGUUAGAAGGAAGGUUAGAACUAUUAUCUGAUGACAAGGGUGCAUGUCAUCUGGUCAACCUUGCCAUUUUGAAUGGUCAAUCUCACCUGUAUGUUGUACACAUGGUGUCAGAUCCUGAGUACGUUCAUAUGUUGGGGGAGGGUGACAGUGAUAAUCGUGUAGAGGUAGAGUGUGAGGAAGAGUGUGAGAAGGCUGUUUUGGGGGAGGGUGUACAGGCUGACAAUGAUAAUUGUGUGGAGGCAGAGGCUGAGGGAGACACUGAUGGGGCUGUUUUGGGGGAGGGUGUACAGGCUGACAAUGAUAACAUUGUGGAGGCAGAGGUUGUGGGAGAGGAUGUUGGGGCUGGUUUGGGGGAGGGUGUAGAGGCUGUUAAUGAUAACUUUGUGGAGGCAGAGGCUGAGGGAGAGGUUGUUGGGGCUGUUUUGGGGGAGGGUGUAGAGGCUGACAGUGAUAACUUUGUGGAUGCAGAGGCUGAGGGAGAGGAUGUUGGGGCUGUUUUAGGAGAGGGUGUAGAGGCUGACAAUGAUAAUUUUGUGGAGGCAGAGGCUGAGAGAGAGGAUGGGGGACAUGAUGACUACGAUGUUAGAAGUUGGAAUGGAGAUGAAGAGGAUGUGUUGAGUGAAGAUGAUUUUUGUAACCGUAGUGAGGAAGUUGAAGUGGGUGGACCAAGUGGGAAGUGUCCUCCAUUACAGCAUGUACAUGACAGAGGUUUAUCUGACAAUUCUUGGGAAUCUGAAAGUUUAGACAGCGUUGUAUUAAGUGAUUCAUCAAAUGAUGAUAGAGACCGUUAUGGAAAUUUUGGCAUUUUUUCAUUGCCCAAAAGUAUGGAACACUAUAACUGGGAAGUGGGGACAUUCUUCAGUGAAAAAAAAGAUUUCACAGAAGCAAUAAGAAGCUACGGUGUAGACAAUGGUAGGAAAUUGAAGGUUUUUAAAAAUGAUAAAACAAGAGUUUCUGUUAAAUGUUGUGGGGCAAAAGGGAAGUGCCCAUGGUACGCAUAUUGUGCAUAUAAGGCUGCCCAAAAUACAUGGCAGUUAAGGAAGAUUAUAAACAAGCAUACCUGCAGUAGAGAAUUUAAUGUGCGUUUAGUGACAUCAAAAUGGUUAAGUGGGAGGUUAGAGAAGACCAUAAAAGAAAAUCCAAAUAUUAAUUUGACUAACCUCCAAAACAAAGUUUGUAAGAAAUGGAAUAUUAAUGUGUCUCGGUCAACAACCUUUAGGGCAAAGAAAAUGGCACACAAGAAAAUUGAAGGUGAUUUUGAAGAACAAUAUAAAAGGGUAUAUGACUAUGCCAAUGAGCUGCUUAGGUCAAAUCCUGGAUCAACUGUCAAAGUUAGUGUAGAACCUAAUGAGGGGAACCAAGUAUUCAAGAGACUUUAUGUUUGUUUGAAGGCAUGUAAGGUGAGUUUCAUAUCAUGUAGGCCCAUUGUAGGUUUGGAUGGGUGUUUCUUGAAAGGGAAAUAUGGGGGUGAAUUGUUAACAGCAGUUGGAAGAGAUGGUAAUGACCAAAUGUUACCUUUGGCAUAUGCUGUUGUGGAGGUGGAGAAUAAGGAAACCUGGACUUGGUUUUUGGAAUUCUUGAUUGAUGAUCUUGGUGGUGUUGAAAAAUGUUCAACGUAUACAUUUAUCUCAGAUCAACAAAAAGGACUUCUGCCAGCAAUACAAGAACUUCUACCUCGUGUUGAUCAAAGGUUUUGUGUCCGCCACAUAUAUGCAAAUUUUAGGAAAAAAUAUCCUGGAAAAAAUCUGAAACGUCUAUUAUGGAAGGCAGCAUCAUCAACCCAUCCUCAAGCAUGGGAGGCAGUCAUGAGAGAAAUAAAAGAUGUCAAUGUAGAGGCCUUUAAGCACUUGAUAGCUAUUCCACCAAGAUUUUGGUCAAGGUCAAGGUUUACACCUACAGCUGCUUGUGACACCCUAGUAAACAAUAUCUCUGAAGCUUUUAAUAGUGUGAUCUUGGAUGCAAGGGCUAAGCCCAUCAUAACAAUGAUGGAAGACAUUCGUAUGUAUCUAAUGAAGAGAUGGGCAAGAAAUAGAGAGAAGAUAAGGUUAUAUGAAGGUUCCUUUUGCCCCAAAAUUUAUAAACGAUUUCAAAAGGAAUUAAACAACACAAAAUAUUGGAUACCUAGCUGGUCAGGAUUGAAAUUAUUUGAAGUGAGACACACUUCCAACAUUGGUGACAAGUUUGUUGUUGACAUAGAUAAAGUGGACUGUAGUUGCAGGAAAUGGAGUAUAACAGGAAUCCCAUGCUGUCAUGCCCUCACUGCCAUGACAUUUUUAAACAUCAAUGGAGAAGACUACAUCUCACAUUGGUUUACAAAGUCAACCUAUGAACAAACAUACUUUCCAAUGAUAUAUCCAGUCCACGGUGCUCAUAUGUGGGAAAUGACUUCAAUGCCUGAUGUGUUGCCUCCACCUAAGAGAAUUUUGCCUGGUAGACCGAAAAAGAAAAGAAGAUUAGAGCCUUGGGAGCUUAAGAAAGAUGACACUGAACUAAGACAAGGUGGAACACGUAAGAGAUGUGGCAUAUGUAGAGAGCUUGGACAUAAAAGAAAUAAUUGUCCACAAGCUGCCCAAGCUGCUCCAACAACUCCAAAUGCAACUCAAUCCAGUCAAAUUACUCAAUGCGAGGUUGAACAACCCCAACAAAGUCACCCAUCAACAACAGCACCUCAGACAACUUCAACACCAGCUGACCCAACUGCCACAGCACCUUCAAACUGAUUUAGAAAGUCAUUAGCUAUUAUUAAUAUGUAUUUUGGUACUUUGUUUCGGCUAGCACCUUUUUUUGGAUACAAACUUCAAUAUGUAUUGUGUGCUGAUGUAUUAUUUGAUGAAGCAAAGUAUUGUCUGUUCAAUGAAUAUGAUGUCCAGUUUGAA